UUGGUUCACAAAUUAGCUGUGUGUGGCAAUGAUGCUCACGAGCGUUUGUCAACCGCCGUAAAACGCACGAAGCUGACGUCGCGGCGGACUGUAGCAACGGCUCGGAGCGUUGCUAAUAGCUACUUAGCUUCACCGCUUAUCGACGUUUGGCCUCUGUGGAAGUCCCUCCGUUGAAUAAGCAGCGAUUUACCGUCACAUUUUGAGCUCUUUAGUCAAAAUUAGCCUGUAUAGCGACGAGUCGAGCUCCAUCAGAGCACGUAGGAACUUCACAGGUGCGGCUAGCCACCGCUGCUAGCUGUGAUAGAGAACACACUGAGAGAGGGUUAGCUCCUGGCUAACCUUCCUGCUACCACCAGCAGGAGAACACACUGAGAGAGGGUUAGCUACUGGCUAACCUGCUACCACCAGCAGGAGAACACACUGAGAGAGGGUUAGCUCCUGGCUAGCCUGCUACUACCACCAGCAGGAGAACACACUGAGAGAGGAUUAGCUCCUGGCUAGCCUGCUACCACCAGCAGGAGAACACACUGAGAGAGGGUUAGCUCCUGGCUAGCCUGCAACCCCCAGCAGGAGAACACACUGAGAGAGGGUUAGCUCCUGGCUAGCCUGCUACCACCAGCAGGAGAACACACUGAGAGAGGGUUAGCUCCUGGCUAGCCUGCUACCCCCAGCAGGAGAACACACUGAGAGAGGGUUAGCUCCUGGCUAGCCUGCUACCACCAGCAGGAGAACACACUGAGAGAGGGUUAGCUCCUGGCUAACCUGCUACCACCAGCAGGAGAAAACACAGAGAGGGUUAGCUCCUGGCUAGCCUGCUACUACCACCAGCAGGAGAACACACUGAGAGAGGGUUAGCUCCUGGCUAGCCUGCUACCACCAGCAGGAGAACACACUGAGAGAGGGUUAGCUCCUGGCUAACCUCCCUGCUACCAGCAGGAUGGAUCUCUUCGACGACCUCCCGGAGCCCACCCAAAGCGCUGGUGCAGCUGCAUCUACAGUGACAUGUCAACCCCGGUGUACAGAAGACAACGAAGAAGAGAGCCGGGGUUUGAAAAGAAGACACAGGGACAGGGAGGAGUCGAGGGAAGUGGGGGAGAUCAAGAAAGUUUGUAAAGAAGGUCUCCCGGUCUUAAAAGGCUAUGUUGCGGCGAGGCGUGGUGAGAGGGAGGAGAUGCAGGAUGCCCACGUCCUCCUUCCUGACAUGACGGGCUGUGUGUCUGCUCUGCCGACUCAAGUGUCUUGCGUGUCAUUCUUUGCAGUGUUUGAUGGCCACGGUGGAGCUCGCGCUUCUUGUUUUGCAGCAGAAAAUCUCCCUCACACACUGGGCAGGAACUUCCCCAGAGGAGACCCAGAAAACCUGGACAAACUGAUUAAGAAAAGUCUGCUGGACACUUUCCGCCACACAGACGAAGAGUUUCUCAAGAAAGCCUCCAGCCAGAAGCCAGCUUGGAAGGAUGGCUCCACAGCCACCUGUAUGCUGGUGGUGGAUGACGUGGUGUACAUAGCUAACCUGGGAGACAGCAGGGCGGUGUUGUGUCGGACGGAGCAGGAGGAGGGAUGUGCAGAGAGGAGGUCGGUGACUCUGGCUCUCAGUAAGGAGCACAACCCCACCAUCUAUGAGGAGCGCAUGAGAAUCCAGAGGGCAGGAGGCACAGUCAGGGACGGCAGGGUACUGGGAGUGCUGGAGGUGUCUCGGUCUAUUGGAGACGGUCAGUACAAACGCUGUGGAGUCAUCUCUACUCCUGACCUGAGGAGACGCCAGCUCACACCUAACGACAGGUUCAUAAUCUUGGCCUGUGAUGGGCUGUUCAAGGUGUUUUCUGCUGAUGAAGCUGUGAAAUAUGUUCUCAACGUGCUACAGGAUGAGGGUGUGGAGAAGAAAGAGGGGCUGACGGAAGAGGAGGGGCGGUACGAAGCUGCUUGCCAGCGAUUGGCCACUGAAGCAGUGAGGCGGGGCUGCGCCGACAACGUCACCGUGAUCCUGGUUUCUGUUGGCUUUUAAACACGCCAGACCCCAAACACACACAGACUCUUCCAAUACCACACAAAGCUGCAGUGUAGAAGUUCACCUGCAGAAAUCCCCGACAAAACCACCGUCAGGCACACAUCUCUGUGACCUCUGACCCCCGAGUCUUAAAAGAAAACAUAAACUCACUGAGUGUGCAGACUGACGUGGUGUUGGCCAGUGUUCACUCGAACACACAUGCGCACGUCCGUCUUGUUUGUGAGAGUUGAGGAGUUGAACCUGUUAAAAGGAGUCCAUGAAUAAAGUGAAGU